CUACGAUCGAUUUGUAUCUCUCAACUCAACUAACUGCUGGUCCAGCCCGGAGAUUACCAUAAUAUUAACUAAUACCUGUUUGAAAACGCCGUUCUGACAACUUCCUAAGGGUCAGACCAUGAACCUUUAAUCUCUUGCUCUUUAGACUUGUUACUUCCGUCACUUUUGCCGAAGCAUACCUAUAUCACAUCACCGCUCCUCUUAUCUUGGUUUCCUCUGAUUUCCGCCGGCGUCGCGAGCUGUUCGCAGUCAACAGUAUACAACCAUCCUCUCGGAAGGGUGGUGCUAUUCUAUCCUAAUUUAUCGAUGAUUUACGCGGGAUACUCGUCAUAAAUAAUCGCGAUGGAGGUCGCCUCUUCCGCGGUGUCGAACGGUGUUCCCGCUGCGCCACAAGGAGCGUUGGUAGAUUCGAAUAUAAUAGUGCAAUAUUUGGUAGAGGUGUUGCAGGUUACUUUGGGCGCGCUGAAAAGCGAACUUGAAGGCCCUGGCAGCCUGCUGUCAAAGCCAAAGUAUAACGAAACUGUGCAACGGUGUGCGCGAUUCGCCUCAGAGUCCCAGCCCGCCCUCUAUGUACAGAAAGAUCUGAUCGCCUCUGAGGAUGCAAAUGGGACGGCAGACGGUGAGGAACCGGCCGUACAAUAUGUUUAUAAUCUUUCUAGCGAAAUUUCCUCCUCCUCAACCACCGUUGCGUCGGUUGCCUUCAUUAAACGCCCUGCGGCCAUUGAUCCGUCGCUCCCCAUAUCGUCGCAGAUCCAGGUUAUAAACUUCCCCGGCUUGGCAACGCCGAACGAUGCUCAAGCUCAACAAGGAACCUCGCUCUCGCCGUAUGAGAUCCUACACCUCUUUGUUCACCAUGGGUUGAGUCCAUAUUUUGAAGCAUGCACCCGCAACCAAGACGCCGCUACUGGUUCCAAGCCGAGGACGGAUACAGAGGUGAAAACUGGGGUACCCGCCACCAAGAAGAAAUUCGCGGAACUGGAACUAGGUCUUCGCCAUCUUCAGCAGAAUGUUGAGAUCCCUGCUUUGAACCUUCCUCUGCAUGAGGUUGUGCAAACCGCCCUCAUUGAGGCAGAAAAGCGAGGUGUCAAGCCCUCGGUUGAACUUAUCGAUUCUACACUACUUGAGAGCAGCACUUUCAUUAACAGCAUCCAAAACAAUGUAAAUGCCUGGAUUAGAUCUAUCCAGACAAUCACAAAGAUGUCACGCGACGCCGAUAGCGGCUCAGCAGCCCAGGAAAUCAAUUUCUGGCUGUCGAUGGAGACUGCUCUUGAAGGGAUCGAGAACCAACUGCGUGGGGAUGGGGUUCAGUUGACCAUGGAUAUCCUGCGCCAUGCGAAGCGCUAUCAAGCUACUCUGAGUUUUGUAGCCGAUACUGGGUUGCGCGAGGCUACUGACUUGGUUCAGAAAUAUAAUCAGCUUAUGCGCGACUUCCCUCUGGACGAACUCCUUUCUGCAACCUCGUUGCAGAAGGUUCAAGAGUCCCUCAGCCUGAUUUUCAACCACCUCAAUAAGAAAUUGAAAAUCUGUCCCUACCCGAUCAAGCGCGCUCUAGCGCUUGUGGAAGCAAUCUCUGGUGACCUUGACUCGCAGAUACACACCCUUCUGCACGGCCAGACAAUCUUGCAUCUGGAUUACCGUGAGUUCCGAUCCUUGAUGAAGACUGCGGGUGCUAUUUGGCGGACCUGGGACGAAAACCUCAAGGAGUUUACGAAUGUUGCCCGUGAAUCAACACGACGCCGAAACGAAAAGUUCAUCCCUAUCAAGAUUGCCGCGCGCCAUGAGAAGACUCAGGAGCGAUUGAAAUACAUCAACACGUUCCGUGUUAACCACGAACAACUGCAGCGAACGAUUGUCAAUGUUCUUGGCCCGAAGAGCUCUUCCGCCGGGGAUACACCAGGCGGGGCAAGCUCUGAUGGAGCCGUGAUUGUCGAGGAGAUUGGAGACGUCGAUGCCGUUGAAGAAGUUGCACAGGCCUACGCUGCUCUUAAGAACGUGGAUGUGCUCGAUGUGUCUUCAGUAGGAACCCAGAAUUGGAUCAAAGAGGAGAUUGCCUAUAACGAGCGCACCUCUCGUGUUGAAAACUCCAUUAUCGCCCGUCUGCGGGACCGUCUUGCAACCGCAAAGAAUGCGAACGAAAUGUUCCGCGUAUUUUCAAAGUUCAAUGCCCUUCUUGUUCGUCCUAAGAUUAGGGGUGCUAUUGGCGAAUACCAAACCCAACUUAUCGAAAACGUCAAGCAGGAUAUCUCUGCAUUGCACGAGCGGUUUAAGCAACAAUAUGGUCACUCAGAAGCACACGCCAUGGCACAACUGCGAGACCUUCCACCUGUAUCGGGUGCUAUUGUUUGGGCACGCCAGAUAGAGCGGCAAUUGGAUGGGUACAUGCGUAAGGUCGAGGAUGUUCUUGGAGAGGACUGGCACCUGCAUUCCGAGGGUCAAAAACUCCAGUCCGAGAGUAAUUUGUUCCGAAAGAAGCUGGAUACACGUCCCGUCUUUGAGUCAUGGUUACAUGAUGUUCAGCGGCGCCAUAUCACAAUUUCUGGCCGACUUUUCAAUGUUGUCCGUAGCAGAGCCGCUGGCAACACCUUGGAGCUCACAGUGAACUUUGAUGCUCAAAUUAUUGCCCUAUUUAAGGAAGUCAGGAAUCUGAUCUGGCUCAACUUCCAGGUUCCCCAUGCUGUCAGCAACAUCUCGAAAGAAGCCAAGCGAGUGUAUCCAUAUGCCAUAAGUCUGAUGGAAAGCGUCCGUACUCUCCUUCAGACGAACCGCUCUAUCCUGUCUAUGACAGAUGUUGCAAUUCUUUUGAACGGUUAUAUAAACGAUGCACAAAGUAUGAUCGUGAAGGGCAUCCCAUUACGGUGGGAAUCAUUUGUUCACUCUUAUGAGCUGCAUGUCAAGCAAUCAGCGUUGGCAAAUGGUGCUCUUGAUUCCGUGAUUUCCAGUAGAGGUGAAAGUAAACACGUACAAUUUGUACGCGAGUUUGCUGGAUCCGCGUCUGUUCUGCAGUCCAAGACGGCUGUUUUGACUUCGAUCAACGAGAAUAUCCAGAAAGCGAUUCUAGAACUGAAAUCCUGUCCAUAUGAAACCUCCGCUUUCAGGCAGCGCUUGGACGCCAUUCAGGUGUCUGUGGAUAAACUGAACUUGGAAAAUUAUGUCAAUCUUGGAUACUGGGUGCAUAACCUGAACCAAAGGAUCGAGACUAUUCUUCGGGAGCGUCUUCACCGGGCAAUUCGGGAAUGGAUCAACUCAUUCCAGGAAGCGAAGAACGGCCAGCAGACCCUACCGGCGCCCAGUGGAACCGUGAAUCCUGCAACUGGAGAAAUCGAAGUUCCAAUGUACCAUAUUGAAUUCCCUGGGCUUACUCACGAGAUUUCCAUGCGCAAUCAAGUUCUCCAUCUCGACCCGCCUCUCCAGUUUGCCCGUGCAACUUGGUUCUCGCACUUUGAUAAUUGGCUUGGCAUUAUUUGUAGUCUUGAGAAGAUCAAUUCUUCUCGGUAUCAGAUUUCCAUUGAUGUGCAGAAAGUCCAGUUGUCCGAGUCCUGUUUCGCCGAUCUUCCACAGCACUGUACCCAGGAGUUGAACCACGUCUACAAUGCUAUUGAGACUAGACUCAAGGAAGUCUCUGAAUAUGUUGACAAGUGGUUGCAAUUCCAGUCUCUUUGGGAUCUGCAGUCUGAACAAGUUUACGACAUCUUGGGCGAUGACCUGUCCCAGUGGCUUCAGCUUCUUCAAGAAAUCCGCAAAAGCAGGGCCACCUUCGACACUUCUGAAGUUAGUCGGUCAUUCGGUAACAUCCGCAUUGAUUACGAACAAGUCCAAACAAGGGUCAAUGCCAAGUACGACCAAUGGCAGCACGAAAUGCUACUCAAAUUUGGUUCUAAACUUGGAAACCGUAUGCGUGAAGUUCAUUUAGAGAUCGCUACGGCUCGACGCGACCUAGAAGGGCAGACUCUGGAGGCAGCUUCCACAGCCCAUGCAGUUUCUUUCAUCACAAUUGUACAACAGUGCAAGCGCAAGGCAAGAGUGUGGGAGCCGGAGGUUGAUCUCUUCCGACAGGGUCAGGCUACGCUCGCUCGACAACGUUACCAAUUCCCUAGCGACUGGCUGCAUGUAGAGAAUGUUGAUGGCGAGUGGGAAGCUCUUAAUGAACUACUCGCUCGGAAGAGCAAGAUCGUCCAGGAUCAGACGGACGCGUUGCGAGCAAAGAUUAUAGCUGAAGACAAGGUCAUCAGCGACAAGAUUGCUGAAGUGAUUGCCCAGUGGAAUGAAGAGAAACCUGUGUCAGGAACUAUUCCGCCUGACGAGGCGUCUCGCUCCCUGAGCUCAUUCCAGUCACGCCUUGAGUCUCUCCAGGCUGAGUUUGACAUGGUCUCCAAAGCUAAAGAGGCUCUGGAUCUGCCUGCAAGCGCAGAAUCUUCCUUGCCUGCAAUUUUGGAAGAAGUCCAAGAUUUUAUGUCCGUUUGGGCCGCUUUGUCGACUAUUUGGAAGAGCCUUAACGAGCUAAGGGAUAUGCUCUGGACAAGUGUUCAGCCAAGGAAACUACGUCAAUCCAUUGAUGGCCUGAUUAAGAUGACCAAGGAGAUGCCCAGUCGUAUGAGACAGUAUGCUGCAUUCGAACAUAUCCAAAAUGUUCUCCGACAACUUCUGAAGGUCAACCCUCUGCUUUCUGAUAUGAAGUCUGAAGCAGUACGUGAGAGGCAUUGGCAGAAGAUUUACAAAUCCCUCAAGCCAGGAAAGAGGUUCUCGCUCGUUUCUCUAACCCUUGGAGAUGUUUGGGAUCUCCAGCUUACAGCUAGCGAGGUUGUCAUCCGUAAUAUCAUCGCACAGGCUCAAGGUGAAAUGGCACUGGAGGAGUUUUUGAAGUCUGUUCGCGAGACCUGGCAAAAUUACUCACUGGACCUCAUCAAUUACCAGAACAAGUGCCGCUUGAUUCGUGGAUUUGAUGAUCUUUUUGCGAAGUGCAGCGAGAAUCUAAACUCCCUCCAGGCUAUGCGACACUCCCCAUACUACAAAGAGUUCGAAGAGGACGCUUCUUCUUGGGAGGACAAACUAAACCGUGUUCAUGUUCUGUUCGACGUGUGGAUUGAUGUUCAGAGACAGUGGGUUUACCUUGAAGGUGUCUUCACAGGCAACGCCGAUAUUAAGCAUCUUCUGCCUCUGGAGUCGAGCCGCUUCCAAAACAUCAACUCCGAGUUCUUUGCUGUGAUGAAGAAAGUAUACAAGUCUCCCUUUGUUCUCGAUGUUCUUGCAAUCAACGGUGUCCAGAAGUCACUGGAGAGAUUGGCGGAAUUACUCAACAAGAUCCAGAAAGCCUUGGGUGAAUAUUUGGAGAGAGAGCGUGUUUCCUUCCCUCGAUUCUACUUUGUUGGUGAUGAAGAUUUGCUUGAGAUCAUUGGUAACAGUAACGAUAUUUUCCGUGUUGCCAAGCACUUUAAGAAAAUGUUUGCUGGAUUGUCCGGCGUGCUGAUGGACGACGAUAGUAAUAUCGUUGGGUUUACCUCUAAGGAAGGCGAAGAAGUCAGACUAAAGAAGGAAGUCAGCCUUGUGAAGACCCCAAGAAUUAAUGACUGGCUUACGGCCCUUGAAAGCAACAUGAAAUCAACGUUAGCAGAACUUCUUGCCGAAGCUGUGGAACAGUUCGACCCUCUUUACAACUCCCACGAAGUUGACCGAACUGCGUUCGACGACUUCAUUGCCAAUUACCCUGCCCAGGUAGUCGUGCUUGCUAGUCAAGCAGUCUGGACUAAUGAGGUACAAAAGUCUUUAGAGAACGGCGGAACCAAUUUGCCAGCCCUAUACGAUGCUCAGGUCCGAGUGCUAGAGCUACUCGCUGUAACUGUUCUUGGCGAUUUGGAUGCCAUUACGCGAAAGAAGUGUGAGCAUCUUAUCACGGAGUUUGUUCACCAGCGCGACGUCAUCUCCAAGCUCAUUUCCUCGAACGCAACUGCCCCAUCGCACUACCUCUGGCUCCUUCAAAUGCGCUAUGUGUACAAUGCCGAAGGUGACUUCCUGCAGCGGCUCUACGUUCACAUGGCUAAUGCCAAACUCAACUACGGUUUUGAGUACUUGGGUGUUCCUGAACGUCUUGUUCGGACGCCGCUUACCGAUCGCUGUUUCCUCACCCUUACUCAGGCCCUGUGCCAACGACUUGGUGGCUCUCCGUACGGCCCUGCAGGUACCGGAAAAACAGAAUCAGUCAAAGCACUCGGUCUCCAGCUCGGUCGGUUUACCCUCGUCUUCUGCUGUGACGACACGUUCGAUUUCCAAGCCAUGGGCCGUAUUUUCCUCGGUAUUUGUCAGGUCGGUGCGUGGGGUUGUUUCGACGAGUUCAACCGUCUCGAAGAAAGAAUUCUAUCCGCGGUCUCCCAGCAAAUCCAAAACAUUCAAAUUGGACUUAGAAACGGGGAAAGCGAUGACAAGACUCAGAUUGAACUGGUUGGUAGACGGUUGAGUGUGAACCCCAACACUGGUAUCUUUAUCACUAUGAACCCUGGAUACGCUGGACGAUCCAAUCUCCCCGACAAUUUGAAGAAGCUCUUCAGAAGUGUGGCAAUGUCCAAGCCCGACAAAGAGCUUAUUGCAGAGGUCAUGCUCUUCUCGCAAGGUUUCAAGCAAGCCAAGCGUCUCUCGAAGCAGACUGUACCAUUUUUCGACCACUGCGCGUCUCAGUUAUCGAAACAAGCCCAUUACGACUUUGGUCUCCGUGCUCUUAAGAGUGUUUUGGUUAGCUCUGGAGGUCUCAAGCGUACUCGUAUUGCAAAUUCUGACGGUGACCUCGGCCCCGAUGAGAUUGUUGAACCCCAAAUUAUCGUCCAAAGUCUUCGUGAAACUAUCGCCCCUAAGCUCAUUCGCGACGAUGUUAGCCGAAUGCUCGCCAUCCAAGAACAAGAUUUUGCUGGUGUAGAAUACGUUCCAGCGAACUAUGAGAAACUUACUGCUGCUAUCAGAGAGAUUGCUCAAGAAAGACACUUCGUUGAUAGCGAAAUGUGGAUCUCGAAGGCUCUUCAAUUGUAUCAGAUUCAAAGCAUUCAUCACGGUGUUAUGAUGGUGGGUAAAUCUGGAUCAGGAAAAUCCUCAGCGUGGAAGAUUCUCCUACAGGCACUCCAACGCAUCGAAGGAGUUGAAGGUGUCUCUCACAUCAUUGAUUCCAAGGUCAUGUCGAAGGAGGCGCUUUACGGUAGCUUGGACAGCACCACCAGAGAAUGGUCAGAUGGUCUAUUCACGGGUAUCCUAAGAAAGAUCGUGGACAACCUUCGUGGCGAAGACUCAAAGCGUCACUGGAUUGUAUUUGAUGGUGAUGUCGAUCCAGAAUGGGUUGAAAACUUGAACAGUGUUCUGGAUGACAAUAAGCUGCUGACACUGCCAAACGGAGAGCGCCUGAACCUACCUCCAAAUGUCCGCAUCAUGUUUGAAGUAGAGAGCCUCAAGUACGCUACACUGGCUACAGUUAGUCGUUGUGGUAUGGUUUGGUUCAAUGAGGACACUGUGACACCUGCUAUGAUUGUCUCCAACUACGUUGAAUCGCUGAAGACGAAGACUUUCGAGGACUUGGACGAUGACAGCGCUCCUGCAGGCCAAGCGGCAGUUAAAACCCAGGAUUCUCAGAAUCUCUUGUCCACCAUCCUUUCGCAACUACUCCAGACAGACGACCUCAUCCUGAAGACUCUCGAGGAAGCUAAGAAAUGCAACCAUAUCAUGGAAUUCACCGAGAUACGUGCCCUCAACACGCUGUUCAGUCUUCUGAACAAGGCUUGCCGAAAUGUCCUCGAAUACAAUAUCCAACAUGUCGAUUUCCCACUUGAUCAAGAUCAGAUAGAGUCCUACAUUUCCAAAAAGCUUCUUCUUGCACUCGUCUGGUCCUUCACUGGAGACUGCCCGUUGGCAGAUCGGAAGUCUUUUGGAGAGUUUGUCUCUGGCUUGACCACGACUGACCUCCCCGUUGAAGCUAAUGCUUCUCUCAUUGACUUUGAUAUUACUCUCCCGAAAGCACAGUGGACAAGCUGGCAAUCCCAGGUUCCAUCUAUCGAUAUCAAUACCCAUUCCAUCACUCAAACGGACGUGGUUAUUCCAACCGUUGAUACAGUUCGUCACGAGGACGUUCUCUACUCAUGGCUCGCUGAACAUAAGCCACUUUUGCUCUGUGGUCCCCCGGGUUCUGGUAAAACAAUGACUCUUUUUGCUGCUCUUCGCAAACUUCCAAAUAUGGAGGUUGUUGGUCUCAACUUCUCGAGUGCCACAACUCCCGAUCUCCUGAUCAAGACCUUUGAGCAAUACUGUGAAUACAAGAAGACAUUAAACGGAGUUGUCAUGUCUCCAAGUCAGAUUGGCAGGUGGCUUGUUAUUUUCUGCGACGAAAUUAACUUGCCUGCCCCUGAUCGCUACGGAACCCAGCGCGCAAUCUCUUUCUUGCGCCAACUUGUCGAACAGAACGGCUUCUGGAGAACGUCAGACAGAACUUGGGUUACCUUGGACCGCAUCCAAUUCGUCGGUGCGUGCAAUCCUCCGACAGAUGCUGGACGUACUCCGAUGGCCGAGCGAUUCCUCCGUCAUUCUCCCUUGAUCAUGGUUGAUUAUCCUGGCGAGAUCUCACUCAUGCAAAUCUACGGAACAUUCAACUCCGCGAUUCUGAAGAUUCUUCCCCUACUGCGUGGUUUCUCUGAAUCACUUACUAAGGCUAUGGUCCGCUUCUACUUGGAAUCUCAAGCUAGGUUUACACCUAAGAUCCAACCCCACUAUGUGUACUCCCCUCGUGAACUUACCCGAUGGGUUCGCGGUGUGUACGAAGCUAUUAAGCCACUCGAGAGUCUGUCUGUCGAAGGGUUGGUCCGGAUCUGGGCACAUGAAGCUCUACGUCUUUUCCAGGAUCGUCUCGUCACUGAAGAAGAGAGGAGUUGGACUGCUGAUGCUGUUCGCCGAAUUGCGCUUGACAAUUUCCCCACAAUCGAUGAGGAACAAGCUCUUAAGGGGCCUAUUCUGUUCUCAAACUGGCUGUCCAAGCACUACGUUCCUGUCGAGCAAGAGCGAUUGCGUGAGUUUGUGAAAGCACGUCUCAAGACAUUCUGCGAGGAGGAGGUCGACGUGCCACUCGUCCUAUUCAAUGAUGUCUUAGAGCAUGCUCUCCGCAUUGACAGAGUCUUCCGUCAACCACAAGGUCAUCUCAUUCUCAUUGGAGUGAGCGGAAGUGGUAAGACUACAUUGUCUCGCUUCGUUGCGUGGAUGAACGGCUUGAAGGUGUUCCAGAUCAAGGUUCAUGGAAAGUACUCCUCAGAAGACUUUGAUGACGAUUUGAGGACUGUUCUGCGCCGUGCAGGCUGUAAAGGUGAAAAGAUUUGUUUCAUCAUGGACGAGGCAAAUGUUCUUGACUCUGGAUUCCUGGAGCGCAUGAAUACCCUCUUAGCUAACGCUGAAGUUCCUGGUCUCUUUGAAGGAGACGAAUUCUCUUCUCUUAUGACAGGAUGUAAGGAAGGUGCUCAACGGCAGGGUCUUCUCCUCGAUACCCAAGAAGAACUCUACAAAUGGUUUACCCAACAAAUUGUGAAGAACCUGCAUGUUGUUUUCACUAUGAAUCCUCCUGAAGAAGGACUAUCGUCGAAGGCUGCAACCAGUCCCGCAUUGUUCAACCGUUGCGUUCUCAACUGGAUGGGCGACUGGUCUGACCAGGCUCUUUUCCAGGUUGGCUCCGAACUUACACAAUCGGUUGACCUAGAUAAGUCAAAUUUUGUUGCUCCUGACAGCAUACCAGUGGCUUACCGCGAACUGAGCCUUCCUGCGUCCCAUCGCGAUGCAGUCGUAAAUGCCAUGGUGUACAUCCAUUAUUCCCUCCAGAGGUUCAAUCAACGCCUUCAGAAGCAGCAAGGGAAGACAACAUACCUCACUCCUCGCCAUUACCUCGAUUUUGUCGCUCAGUAUGUGAAGCUCUUUAAUGAAAAACGCGAAGAUCUAGAGGAGCAACAAAGACACUUGAACGUUGGUUUGGAGAAACUGAGGGACACUGUCGACAAAGUCAGCGAUCUCCGUGCCAGUCUGGCCCAGAAGAAGAUGCAACUUGAAAAGAAAGACACGGAGGCUAACGAAAAGCUCCAACGUAUGGUUGCUGAUCAGCGGGAAGCAGAACAACGGAAGGCAGUAUCCCUCGAGGUCCAGGCAGCUUUGGAGAAGCAGGAACAAGAAGUAGCUCGCCGCAAGGAAGUUGUUCUCAACGACCUUGCCAGGGCUGAACCAGCAGUUAUAGAAGCCCAGAAAAGUGUCAGCAACAUCAAACGUCAACACCUUACUGAAGUUCGUUCUAUGGGUAAUCCCCCUGCAAGUGUUCGACUUGCUCUCGAGGCCGUUUGUACUCUACUGGGCCACAAGGUCGAUAGCUGGAAGACAAUCCAAGGAAUUGUGCGAAAAGACGAUUUCAUUGCUAGUAUCGUCAACUAUGACAAUGAGAGACAGAUGACAAGAAACCACAGGCUGAAGAUGCAGAGCGAGUUUCUUUCCAAGGAGGACUUUACCUAUGAGAGAGUCAACCGCGCCAGUAAGGCCUGCGGUCCUUUGGUUCAGUGGGUUGAGGCCCAGGUCAACUACUCGGAGAUCUUGGACCGGGUUGGACCUUUGCGUGAGGAGGUGGACCAGCUUGAAGAGCAAGCAUUGCAGACGAAGGCUGAAGCACAGGCCAUCGAAAACACAAUCAACGACCUCGAGAGCAGUAUUGCCACCUACAAGGCUGAAUAUGCUGCCCUCAUCAGUGAGACACAAGCAAUAAAAACUGAGAUGUCGAGGGUGCAAUUCAAGGUUGACCGAAGUGUACGCCUGCUGGACAGCUUGGCAUCGGAACGUACACGUUGGGAAGAAGGAAGCAAAUCUUUUGAGACGCAAAUCAGCACCUUGGUGGGUGAUGUUCUAAUUGCAGCAGCAUUCCUUGCCUAUGCUGGUUUCUACGACCAGCAGUUCCGAAAGGCAAUGAUUGAUGACUGGGUUAACCAGCUGGUUCAAUCUGGAAUCAACUUGAAGCCACACAACCCCAUCACAGAGUACCUGUCGAAUGCGGAUGAACGUCUGACCUGGCAAGAUCACUCACUGCCAGUCGAUGACCUUUGUACCGAGAACGCCAUUAUCCUUAAGCGAUAUAACAGAUACCCGCUCAUCAUUGACCCCUCUGGCCGUGUUACCGAGUUCUUGCAGAAAGAAAGCUCAGACAGAAAACUGACCGUGACGAGCUUUCUGGAUGAUUCUUUUGUGAAGCAGUUGGAAAGUGCCUUGCGUUUCGGAAAUCCGAUCCUGAUUCAGGAUGCAGAGUAUCUGGACCCAAUUAUCAACCACGUGUUGAAUAAGGAAUACCAAAAAACUGGAGGACGUGUUCUCAUUCAAUUGGGCAAACAGGAGAUCGAUUUCUCACCUGCAUUCAAGCUCUUCCUGUCAACGAGAGAUCCCUCUGCAUCUUUCCCACCAGACGUUUGCAGUAGAACCACCUUUGUGAACUUCACUGUGACACAAAGCAGUUUGCAGACUCAGUCACUGAACGAAGUGCUGAAGUUUGAGCGCCCUGAUGUUGACGCCCGUCGCACAGACCUGGUCAAGUUGCAAGGUGAAUUUAAGAUCCAUCUGCGUCAGCUAGAGAAGCGCCUGUUGCAGGCUCUCAACGAAUCCCGCGGCAACAUCCUCGACGAUGAUAACGUCAUUGAGACACUCGAAACGCUCAAAAAAGAAGCUGCAGAAAUCUCCAAGAAGAUGGUCGAAACCGAAGGAGUCAUGACCGAAGUGGAGAAUAUUACGCUCAAGUACAGCAUCAUCGCCAAAUCCUGCAGCGCCGUGUUCGCGGUACUGGAGCAGCUUCAUCAUAUCAACCACUUUUACCAAUUCUCCCUCCAAUACUUUGUCGAUAUCUUCAACUCGGUCCUAUACCAAAACAAACGUCUCGCACAAGAAAAGGACCACUCCGCACGAGUUCAAAUCAUUCUCCGGGAUCUGUUCAUCACUACCUACCAACGUACGUCCUUGGGGCUGAUCCAAAAGGAUCGUAUUACAUUCGCAAUGCUUCUCGCGCAAGCUGCGCCCUACGCUAUGGACAAGAGCAUCAUUGAUAACAUCUUAGAUGAAUCAAUUGCGGGUGCUGAUCUUUCCUCCAGCCCUGAUCUCAAGGAACAAGUCAUGGGCCGGGUCUCAAACAUGUCACUCUUCAGGUCACAUGCUUCCACAGUAUCUGCAGAACAAUGGGAUCAGUUCUUCAAUGAAGAGCUAGCAGAAAACGUAGUUCCUGCUGUGUGGGACGAAAACACAAACGAAUUCGAUCAAUUGCUCCGAACCCUACUACUUGUUAAGAUAUGCAGGAUGGACCGAUUCGUCCCAGCUGCAGAACGAUUCAUUGUGGCAGUGUUCAGCCGCGAGCUGUUUGAAGGAAGCACUGAUCUAAGAGAUAUUGUUGACCAAGUAAACGCUACCACGCCAAUCUCCCUCAGCUCCAGCCCUGGUUUUGAUGCCAGCUACAAAGUCGAUGCUCUUGUUGAGCGUAUGCAGGCAACUUGUGCAAACAUUGCUAUGGGUUCCAACGAAGGUCUGGAGUCUGCCGACAAAGCGAUUAACAAUGCUGCCGCCGCUGGAACCUGGGUACAGGUCAAGAACGUUCAUCUUGCGCCCUCAUGGCUCCAAAGCUUGGAGAAGCGUCUGGAGUCACUCAAGCCCCACAAAGACUUUAGGCUGUUCCUUUCCAUGGAAUCCAGUCCCAAGAUCCCCGUCAACCUCAUCCGUGCUUCUCGAGUUCUCAUGUUCGAGCAGCCAGCUGGUGUGCGCGCCAAUAUGAAAGAUUCCCUGUCUUCCUUGACCACACGCGCGAGCAAGGCUCCUGUCGAGAAGGCUCGUGUGUAUGUCCUCCUGUGCUUCCUGCAUGCCGUUGUUCAAGAGAGACUUCGUUACGCUCCAAGUCUGGGCUGGAAAGGUUUCUGGGAGUUCAAUGAUAGUGAUUAUGAAUGCUCUGCCCUUAUUAUCGAUUACUGGGUUGACAGCAUCGCUCAAGGACGAUCUAAUGUGGCGCCUCAAAAACUCCCAUGGGACAUGAUUCGGACCCUGGUAACCGAGAUGUACGGUGGCAAGGUCGAUGACCAUGAAGACUUCCAGCAACUACAGCGCCUGGUGCAUAGCUUCCUCACUCCUGCAGCUUUCGAAGACGAGUAUAAACUUGUCUCUGGAGUUGAAAACGACGAAUGUCUCACGCUCCCCGGACAAACGAGCAUCCGGGACUUUGUCGAGUGGGUGAAUAGACUUCCGGAGAGAGAACCGCCCACGUAUCUCGGCCUCCCAGCUAAUGCUGAGAAACUGUUGCUAGUCGGACACGGGAAAAAGAUGAUCUCGGAUCUGGCCAAGGUGACAUCUCUACUAGACGAAGGAGAGCAGCUGAUGAUCGAUGCUUAAGGAGCAUCCCUCGCCUUAGAUUGUUUAAUAUUUUUCUCUUCUUGAUGUUUUUGGUUCACUCAUAGCCAUUUUGCUAUGGGCAGAGACUGGCAUCUAAUUAUUUCCCCAGCACAAUUCCUUGUAAUGAUUCUCUGUUAUUUCACCCAUACAUUACUUUGAUCCUUGUAUUAUACUAUUUGUGCUAGUCUGGAUAUUCUCUUCUUAUUGUCCUUUCCUAGUGUACUUUUUUCAAUUAGAAACCAUAGACUUUCAUUACAUUCAAAUCUGAUCUGUAUUAUCC